UUCACUUCUGCCUCUUCCCUCCCCUCCUCACCAUUUUGCAAUGGAUGAUCCAAACCCAUUAGAGAAUGAUCCCCAACGUUACUGUGAGGAAUGGUUCAACAUAGCCUUCCUAACAGGCAAAGAGUUUCAGCUCCCAAAUCUCUCCCCUACUUUGAUCACCAACUGGUUGAUGGAAAGUGCGCCGAAUACCACACCAAAUUUUCUUCUCCAGAUUCCUCCCAUCCAAACAAAUCAUCCGGAAACUGAUCAGAAUGUUGCUUCACACAACGAAAGCCAGUCUCUUUCCCUUCCUAGCACUGUUGUUGCCCUGAAUGACAACAUUGCUAAUUAUCCAUCUAGCUCAACAGAUAUCUCUUCUUCCAUUAUUCCUACCAGCACUCAGGUUUCAGUUCACACCACUUCCACGCUACAAUCCAAUGCCCUGGUUCCGGUGAGAAGCCAAUUCAUUCCCCGUUUUCCGUUCCGGUAUGGCUUUUCCUUCGCCAGUUCUCUAAUUACUAGCCUGAACUUGGGAAAUUCCUGGAUUGGUAGCUUUACCAGUGGAAAUGGAUGUACCAUUUUAACUACUAGAAGAACAGACACCCCUGAAAUUUUUUCUAGAAAUACAAGGAUUUUAGGUCCUGGUUUCAAUUUUCUUACGGCAGAUCAAGAAAUCCAACACCCAUUUGAGGUAAGCUCAUAUAAUUUCAAUCCAGGACCCCAAAACUAUGGUAACAAUCGUCUUUUUGGCAGACUAAUUGAAGGGUCACGUAAUUCAUCGGCACUACCAACGGUACAGAGAGCCCUGGAAGGAGCAGAGAAAAGGAAAAUUGAUGAACAUGAAUUUAGCCUAGAAAAAACAGAAUACAAAUGUUUCGUUUGUGACUUGACAUUUCCAAAUGGUAAUGCAUUAGGAGGGCACAUGAGUUACCAUGCCAAGAAAAGGAAGCUGGAAGCCAUGAAAGCAGGGGUUUUUAAGGCAGAAAGAUCGGUAAGGAUGGAGAACGAGAACGACAGGGAGGAGGAGUUUGGAGAUGGGUCCACGGUCAAUUAGAGAGUGCGUCCGCUUCAACCUAAACCACCGCCGUGGGAGAGAUUUCAAGGGUGCAGCAACAAAAGAGGAGGCAGAGUUGGUCGUCGAGGCAGAAGGAGAAACAGAGUUUUUCAAAUUUUCGUCGUUGUGUUUGUUAUAGUUACUAGCAUUUGAUUUAGAUUAGUUUUGGAAGGAAGCAUAACCAGGUCUUCAUGGACUAGAUUUGAUAAAUUAAUCAAGAUAUUGGUUCUUU